AAAUAAAAUAAAAUUCUAGCGCUACCCACUUAAUGACCUCAAUAUGGAGAUAAUUCUAUUGGAGCGCUGCCAUAACAUGCAACGCGUGAUUCGAUUAGUCGGCUCCAAUACGGUAGAAAACAAAAAGAAGCUUUCGCAGCGAAGUGGGUCGGAUUGUUCUACGGAACCCUUUUGCCGUCAUACGCCCAGCUCUAUAAAUCCUCUAUAAUACUAACAUCCCUCAUCUGAUUUCAUCUUCUAAUUGUGCGAAAAAAUGCAGGCUAGUGACAGGUUCAAUAUCAACUCCCAGCUUGAGCACUUACAAGCUAAAUACGUUGGAACAGGACAUGCCGACUUGACUAGAUUUGAGUGGGCAGUGAACAUUCAGCGUGACAGUUACGCAUCCUAUGUUGGACACUACCCAAUGUUGGCGUAUUUUGCCAUUGCAGAAAAUGAAUCAAUUGGAAGAGAACGUUAUAAUUUUAUGCAGAAAAUGCUUUUGCCCUGUGGUCUUCCACCUGAAAGGGAAGAUGAGUAAGAUUUGCAAUGGAUAGCACCCUUCAGACUUGGACCUCUGUCGAGCCAAAACUGUUGAGAACGUGUAAGGUUGAUAAUAUGAAAGAUUUGACUUGUAUUAAUCUGACUAAUCUAGCGAAAGCACAUUCAUGACUACACAUUUAUUAUGUUCAAGUGACAUGUAUUUCAAGUUCAGUAGUUGUUUUUGCUCGAGUGCCAAA